UAGCUGUGGAGUGACAACAUGGCUUAGAAAUAGCAGCAGGGCUUCUAUAAAAGACAUAGACGGGCAUGGUCCCAGACACAAACAGCAGAGACCACCAGACCAUCACCACAGAGGCAAGAGAGAGGAGUACCAUCACAGAGUACCUGGGCUAGCAACUACAGACAGACAGAUAGUCCAGAGAGAAGAAGACUGAACACAGAGAUACCAAGACAGACGGACAGACAGAGGAGUCUGAGAAACUAACGGAGGUGAUUAAACCGAUAGAAGGACAGAACUUCACCCACACAGAACAGUGAUAAUGCAGGUGUGUACCGUUCUUGAGAAGCGUGCUGGGGCUGUGGUGGGGGCUGAGCUGGCCUGCAGCGUACGGGAGGAGAACCAGGCUCAGAGGGAGAGCUACAAAGCCGACUGGAACAGUGUUAACAUGAAGACCCGGGCCAUGGACAGGCAGACAAUGAACAUGAAUGAUGACUCUCGUCGGGAGACCUACACUAGGCAGUGGGAGGCUCGCUCCCUGGCCCAGGCCUGUCCCUCUGGGGUGUACAGAGUGGGCACCAUGGAGAGGGGUGUGAGGGAGCACCAGCUCCUGCCCAAGAGGAACACCUUGCCCCUGCCCAUCUUCACCCCUGCACAGCUGGGCAUCCGGCUGGGCCGUGGAGCACCACACACCCAGGAGGACCUCCGUCCCUUCCCCAUCCCCGACGGUGCCUGCCCUGGCAAGAAGGCAGUGGUCGAAAUCACACAAGACCUGCCCCCCAUCAAGCCACUCAAGAUGGAGUUUGCAAAGGUGCCCAGAGCACUGGGCCGCUCCGUGUCACAGGAGGUCCAGAGAGGGUGAAGGAAGAGGAGAGGAAGGAGAGAAGCUGAAAGAAUGGAUGUUAGGGAUAAAGGUUAAUUGUGGGGCUCAGCCCAUCAGAAAAGCAUGGAGGGAUGUAUAUAGAUUUAUUCUUAGUGACAUUUAUUCCAUCUCUAUUUAUUAUUUAUUUAUUUCAUCUCUAUUCCCUAGUGGUCCUCUGUAGCUCAAUUGGUAGAGCAUGGCGCUUGUAACACCAGGGUAGUGGGUUCGAUCCCUGGCACCACCCAUACGUAAAAAUGUAUGCACACAUGACUGUAAGUUUAGUAAAGCCGUCACACAGUG